GACUAAACUUUCUGCCCAUCAGCAGGGUGGAAAAAAAACGGAGAACAACGAAAAAAAAAACAAUCAAAGGACCACGUCAAGAAUGGCCGGCGAGGAUUUAAUAGCCAAGUUCCAGGAACUGGGCAUGAGUGAACAAAAAGCAAAAGAAACAUUAAAGAAUGCCAACGUAACUAAAAACCUGCAACUCGCCCUAGACGAGAUUAAGGGUGCCGCUUUGGCCGAUGGCGUGGGCAUGUUGAUUUACCACAUGGCCAGCAAACUGAAGCCACAAGUGGCUGAGCAUUUGCCACUUUUGGUGCGCUAUAUACUCGAGCGUAAAUUGGAUAAUACUCAAAGAGUAGAUGCAGCCCUGGACUACAUCCUGAAGAGUGGACAAAAACUAAAGGCAAGCAUAAAUGUGGAGGAGCUGGAAAAGGAGUGUGGCGUUGGAGUGGUGGUAACCCCUGAGGAAAUUGAACGUCAUGUGCAGGCAAAGAUCAAGGGCAGCUACAAGGAAGCCCUGCUCGAACAACGUUAUCAUUUCAAUGCCUUUAAGAUUCUUCAGGAUGUACGCCAAGAACUGAAAUGGGCUGAUGCCAAGUCCGUGAAGGCCGCAAUCGAUGUAGAGAUCUUUGAUCUAUUAGGACCCAAGACUGAGGAGGAUCUAAAGCCCCCAUCAAAGGCAAAUGUUCCGAAGCCCAAACCAGAAACCAAGGCAUCUUCUGUAGCUGUAGCAGCAGUUAAAGAAGAAACACCAUCUGACGGAGCCUCUUCCAUAGCCGAGUUGAUGCGUACCAAGGUACACUUCCAUAAACCAGGCGAGAAUUAUAAAACGGAUGGUUAUGUGGUCACCCAGAACACAGAGAGAUUGCUGAAGGAGCAUCUUCAGAAAACUGGUGGCCAAGUGCACACUCGAUUCCCUCCAGAACCUAAUGGUAUUCUCCACGUUGGUCAUGCCAAGGCCAUUAACAUUAACUUUGGCUAUGCUGCAGCCCAAAAUGGAGUUUGCUAUCUGCGGUACGACGACACCAAUCCCGAGAAGGAGGAGGAAAAGUUCUUUGUGGCCAUUAAGGAGAUGGUCGAAUGGUUAGGUUAUAAACCCUACAAGAUCACCUACUCCUCGGAUAACUUUCAACAGCUCUAUGAAUGGGCUGUAGUCCUUAUACGGGAAGGAUUAGCCUAUGUCUGUCAUCAAAAGGCUGAGGAAUUGAAGGGAUUCAAUCCACCUCCAAGUCCAUGGCGCGAGCGACCCAUAGAGGAAUCUCUUCAACUGUUCGAAGAUAUGAAACGAGGCAAGAUUGAUGAGGGAGCAGCCACGCUAAGGCUGAAGCUUACCCUGGAGGAGGGCAAAGUUGAUCCGGUGGCCUAUCGCAUUAAGUUUAUCCCUCAUCAUCGUACGAAAUCCGCAUGGUGUAUUUACCCCACAUAUGAUUACACACAUUGCCUGUGCGACUCCAUUGAGCAAAUAACUCACUCCCUGUGCACCAAGGAAUUCCAGUCCCGGCGCUCAUCAUACUAUUGGCUUUGCAAUGCCUUGAAUAUUUAUUGCCCCGUCCAAUGGGAAUAUGGUCGACUGAAUAUGAAUUAUGCAUUGGUAUCCAAACGCAAGAUAGCCAAGUUAAUAACGGAGCGCAUUGUCCAUGAUUGGGAUGAUCCACGUUUGUUCACCUUGACGGCCUUGCGACGACGUGGCUUCCCUCCAGAGGCUAUUAACAACUUCUGUGCCCAAAUGGGUGUGACUGGAGCUCAAAUCGCUGUAGAUCCUGCAAUGUUAGAGGCCGCUGUCCGAGAUGUUCUAAAUGUAACAGCACCUAGACGUUUGGUGGUCCUUGAACCUUUGAAGGUGACCAUUUCCAAUUUCCCGUAUGCGGCUCCUUUGGCAUUGGAUGUCCCAGAUUUUCCGCAAAAUCCUCAGCAGGGAAAUCACAAAAUUGUCCUGGACAAAACCAUCUAUAUUGAACGAAGUGAUUUCAGUCAAAAUCCCGACAAAGGCUAUAGACGAUUGACCCCAAAGCAGUCUUUGGGUUUGCGUCAUGCCGGCCUGGUCAUCUCACUGGAAAAGGUUAUUCAAGAUCCAGCUACCGGUGAAAUUUUGGAACUUAUAUGCACCAGCCAAUUGGCCGAGCAGGCUGAGAAGCCCAAAGCAUUUGUCCAAUGGGUAUCGCAGCCCGUGAAAUUGGAAGUACGUCUGUAUGAGCAGCUUUUCAAGCACAAAAAUCCUGAGGAUCCGAAUGAGGUCCCCGGGGGAUUCCUUAGCGACAUCAAUGAGCAGUCCGUGAGCAUAGUGCAAGCCUAUGCGGAUCAAGCUAUAUCCAAGGCCAAGGUCUAUGAUAAAUUCCAAUUUGAAAGAAUUGGCUUUUUCUCGGUCGAUCCAGACUCUAAGGAACAGCAGCUUGUAUUCAAUCGCACAGUGGGUCUCAAAGAGGAUUCGGGCAAGAAGUGAGACUAUCUCUGCCCCUAGUACCAAUCGCUCAUGAAUUUGUGACUUUUUAAAAUCAAUAAAAAAUUUGGUUUAUAAAAUCAGAAUAAUAAA